UGAAUUCUACUUUUGUUUUUAUUUCUCCCUCGCAUCCUCCUGUGCUCCUCCCAUCUGAUAGGUCUGCGAAGUCUGAUGCUUCUGCCAGAGGGAGAGGAAUAAAUAGAUGCUGCUGUCCCCGAAGGCUUAGACGUUGGGAAAGAGCGCUGGGGGCGGUGGCCGGAGCUCGGCGAAGCUCGUGGGACCCCAUUGGGGGAAUUUGAUCCAAGGAAGCUGUGCGAUUGCCGGGGGAGGAGAAGCUCCCAGAUCCUCGUGUCCACUUCCCGGGGGGAGGAGGAGACGGCGGAGCGGGCCUCUCGGCGUCCACGGCGCUGCUGCACCCAGCCCCUGCUCCAGCCCGCCGGGAUCAUGGAGUGCGGCCGCCCGGGCGGGAUGCCGCUGCUGCGGGCCGGGCUGCUCGCCCUGGCUGCGCUCUGCCUGCUCCGGGUGCCCGGAGCGCGGGCUGCAGCCUGUGAGCCCGUCCGCAUCCCCCUGUGCAAGUCCCUGCCCUGGAACAUGACCAAGAUGCCCAACCACCUGCACCACAGCACCCAGGCCAACGCCAUCCUGGCCAUCGAGCAGUUCGAGGGGCUGCUGGGCACCCACUGCAGCCCCGAUCUGCUCUUCUUCCUCUGUGCCAUGUACGCGCCCAUCUGCACCAUUGACUUCCAGCACGAGCCCAUCAAGCCCUGCAAGUCUGUGUGCGAGCGGGCCCGGCAGGGCUGCGAGCCCAUCCUCAUCAAGUACCGCCACUCCUGGCCGGAAAGCCUGGCCUGCGAGGAGCUGCCGGUGUACGACCGCGGCGUGUGCAUCUCUCCCGAGGCCAUCGUGACUGCGGACGGAGCCGAUUUUCCUAUGGAUUCUAGUAAUGGAAACUGUAGAGGGGCAAGCAGUGAACGCUGUAAAUGUAAGCCUAUUAGAGCUACACAGAAGAUCUAUUUCCGGAACAAUUACAACUAUGUCAUCCGGGCUAGAGUUAAAGAGGUAAAGACCAAGUGUCAUGAUGUGACUGCAGUAGUGGAAGUGAAAGAGAUUCUGAAGGCUUCUCUGGUGAACAUUCCACGGGAUACCGUCAACCUCUACACCAGCUCAGGCUGCCUGUGCCCUCCACUUAAUGUUAAUGAGGAAUAUAUCAUCAUGGGCUAUGAAGAUGAGGAACGUUCCAGAUUACUCUUGGUGGAAGGCUCUAUAGCAGAGAAAUGGAAGGAUCGACUUGGUAAAAAAGUUAAGCGCUGGGAUAUGAAGCUCCGUCAUCUUGGACUGAGUAAAAGUGAUUCUAGCAUUAGCGAUUCCACUCAGAGUCAGAAGUCUGGCAGGAAUUCUAACCCCCGGCAAGCACGCAACUAAAUCCUGAAAUGCAAAAAGUAACAUGAGUGAACUUCCUGUUAAGAUUUGCGUUGCUGGACUAGCAAAGGAGAAUUGCACUAUUGCACAUCAUAUUCUAUUGUUUACUACAAAAAUCAUGUGGUAACUGAUAUUACUUCUAUUUUCUCUUUUGUUUUCUGCUUUACUCUCCCAUCCCCCCACCCCCUUUUUAAUGGACUGGGGGCAGAACCUUAAAUAUAUGCUUUCUGUUUCACUAAUCAUAGGAAAACUGUUCUUUUGCAUUAAUAAUAAAUUAAACAUGUUGAUACUAAGGUCUCUGCUGGAGUCCCCAGAUGUUAAUUUACUGUUUUGCACCCAGAUAGGGAAUGCAAUAUUGGAUGCAAAGAGAGAUUUCUGGUAUCCACAGAAAGCUAGAUAUGCUGUAAAAUAUACUCUGUUGAUCUAAUUACAGGCUCAUUUUCCUAUGCCUCUUGGACAUUCUUCUCACGCUUAGAAAGUUCUAAAUGUUUAUAAAGGUAAAAUGGCAGUUUGAAAUCAAAUGCCAUAUAGGCAAAGCAAUCAAGCACCAGGAAGCAUUUAUGAGGAAAUGACACACAAGAUGAAUUAUUUUUGAGAUUGGCAGGAAGCAAAAUAAAUAGUGUUAGGAGCUGGGGAAAGAACAUUUUGCCUGAUUGAGAAGCGCAACUGAAACCAGUAGCCGCUGGGGUGUUCACAGUAGCAUUCUUCUUUUGGCAAUACAUUUGAUUUGUUCAUGAAUAUAUUAAUCCACAUUUAGGAAGAGAGUUAUAACUAGACAUCUGCUGUUAUCACCAUAGUUCUGUUCAAUUUGCUUCCUUUUAAAUAAACCCAUUGGUGGAAGUC